UUACAAGGUGUCUGAGCAAAGGCAUGUAAGUGGCGCAUAUUUCUGAAUCUAGUGCAGCUCUAGGUUCCGCAGAUCAGGGUGCCAGGGUGCGUCAAUCGAUCUGAUUCUCGGGGCUCUUGGCACUAGGGUGAUGAUGAAUCAUGAUCAACGUGACGCAAUGAGGUUAGGAAGUUGACAAAGAAUUAUCCAUAUAAUACAACUCAACAUCAUCCAUUGGAUUCUUGAAGACAUUAUCAUGCGAGUGCUUUUCGCUGGUACUUAACACACGUGUAGGCGUCAAGUAUUGAAUACAACCUCAGCCUCCUAAACUAGGGGCAUUUAAUUCUCAAGAAUUGACAUCAUGGGCAAAAGCGAGAAGCCGGAGGAGGGAGACAAAGUUUCCUGGUCCUGGGGAGGUGGUGCCCCAGCUGGUACAGUUGCGGAGACCAAAGAGCAUGGCGCAAUCGAGAUCGAGACGCAGCGCGGGAAUAUGGUGAAGAGAAAAGCCGAUCCAGGAAAUCCCGCCGUCCGCGUAGAAAGGUCGGGCAAUGACGUGGUUAAACGGUCGUCCGAACUUACUGUAGAGGAAAAGGCUAGCGAGAGCGGCAAAGCGGGUACGAAGCGUAAGGCGAAGGGACAGAACCCCGAGGAAGAUGGUAAGAAGGAUAACUGGAAUGAGGGGAAUAGUGAAGAGGAGGCAGGACAGAAAGAUCAUGGUGGCAUUGAUGUGGACGGAGAUGAUGAAGAACCUCACACCAAGAAUAAGCAGGGCAAGGAAGUGAAGAAGGGUGGGAAGGAGGCUAAUAAGAAACAGAAGCGAGAACGGGAGAACGAGGAUGAAGAGGAUGAACCUGAGCUAAAGGAUGAUGAGUACGUCGAAGAUGAGGCGGUCGAUGUUCCUGAUAGCGAUGAAAAUGAGGGAGAAGAAGCAAAACGAUCUAGUGACAAUAACGACAAGCAUGUUGUUUUCAAAGGUUCCGAGACAACCAAAAAUGGCGAAAACAGCACAAAUCAGAAGACUAAAGCCAGCGACGAGGCAAAAGGGGGUUCAAUCCAUAAGCACGAGGGCGACAAGGUCAGCGCACGAACUCGAAGCCAUACAGAUUAG